AAACUCUGCAGCAGCGAGACUCAUCAGAGAAGGGCGACGCGAAGGGGAAUUUUACCUCAAAUUUCCUUGCAUUUCUUCAGGAAGUGAGCCCGUUGCUGGGAGUUGCAAUACUGUUUCCAAGAAGUUAACAUAAGUGUUUAGGAUGAUCCGCUUGGCUCUCACAGUGGCGUUCCUGGCAGCGUGCAGAGCGUCCGAGUACGAGUAUCUUAGUUGGAAGUCGGACUCGUACAACGGAGGGCGCAGCUACGGCAAGCCCCCCCAGUGCGUGGACAUCCCGGACGACCUGCGGCUGUGCCACAAUGUGGGCUACGGCCAGAUGCUGUUGCCCAACCUGUUGGAGCAUGAGACCAUGGCGGAGGUGAAGCAGCAGGCCAGCAGCUGGGUGCCUCUGGUGCACAAGAACUGCCACCCGGGCACGCAAGUCUUCCUCUGCUCGCUCUUUGCGCCCGUCUGCUUGGAGCGACCCAUCUACCCUUGCAGAUGGCUGUGUGAAGCCGUGCGAGACGGCUGCACCCCCAUCAUGGAGGCGUUUGGCUUCCCCUGGCCGGAGAUGCUCACCUGCGACAAGUAUCCUCAAGACGACGUGUGCAUCGCCAUGUCUCAACUCAAUGCCACCGAGUCCACCAAACAGACAGGUUACUCCCCCAUCUGCCCUCCCUGUGACAACGAAAUGAAAACAGAUGCCAUGCUGGAGCAUAUGUGUGCCAGCGAGUUUGCAUUCAAGACCAAGAUCAAGGAGGUAAAGCGAGAGAACAUGGACCGCAAGGUCAUCUUUCAGAAGAGGAAGAAGAUGUUGAAAGCAGGCGGCCUGAAGAAGAAGGACAUGAAGAAGCUGGUGAUGUACUUGAAGAAUGGCGCAGACUGCCCCUGCCAGCAGCUGGACAACCUAGGGAACCAGUACCUUAUCAUGGGCCGUAAAGUGGACAAACAGUUCCUUCUCACGGGUAUCCACAAGUGGGACAAGUCCAGCAAAGAGUUCAAAAAGGCCAUCAAGAAACUGAAGACCCACAAGUGCCCUGCCUUUGAGAAUGUCUUCAAAUAAGAUGACCUCCCUUUAUUUGGUCACGUCUCCUCCUGCAUAUGAACUUGCACAAGCAUUAAACUCCUAAACUUUGCUUUUUUAUUGUCUUGUUUAUACCUAUACAUCGUUAUGUGUUUACAGAUAUAAUUUUAAGCGCCCCCUACAAUUUAUGAGUGAUUGAUGCCAAAUUGAAGCGUUUCCUUUUUUUUUCCAGCUUAAAAAACCUGUAUCCAAAUUUCCACAACGUACGGUAUAUUCAGAUACUCUCACACUUACAUAGUACAUGUCAGCUCAUUUCGCUUGCCACUCUAGCUGCUUACUUGUUUUGCUAUUCACAUACAAUACAUACAAUUACAAAUACACCAACAAGUGCUCCAAAGGUUUAAGUGAUUAGACCAGAAUAUUGCUUAUAUGCUACAACAAUUCCGAAUCAUCACAGAUGUUUCUUAAUUAACAAUGAUUCUUCUAUAAUACAUAAGUUGCAUGUACUGUAUUCAUGCAAACUGUCCAAAUAUUGCCCUUGGACUUUGUAUUUGUAGUAUAUGACGGUGUUGGGUUUUGCUCGGUGUCGCUGAUCUGUUUUAGUGCUAUUUUGUGUCAGGAUUUGAAUGUCAGCGGUGCAUUUCUGCCUAUUAUGUGUACAUACAAAUUUUACAUAAAUAUGGAAAACCGAACUCGUCUUGUGUUUU